UUUAAAAAAAUUAUUAUUUUUUCUUAUUUUAAUCAUUUUUUCUUGAAUUAUUUUCUAAAAAAUUCCAGGCGUGAUUCCAAUAUCGAAAAAAAACAAUGUCAAUAAUCGAUGAAUCUUAUGAAAAAUUUCAUUCAAUUGGUUCAAAAUUGCCAAUAAAUUAUGCGAAAAAUGAUGAAAAUCAUCUGCCACCUUGGAUCAACAUUAAUCAAAUUCAACGUAUUCGAUCAUUGUAUAAACAAUAUUCUUAUAGUUUGUUUAUGGCUCAUAUCGCUGGUCUAUUAGUGUUAAUUUUUAAUCCAUUCAUAUAUAAAACAUUGAACGCAACAGGCAAAUCAAAAAAUUUGGUCACAUUAUUUUAUCGUUAUUAUUAUACAGCAAAAUUUGUUAGAGAUUGGUAUAAAAAUAAAAUCUGGGUGAAAGGUGAUUGCAGUUAUGAGACAAUACAGUUGGUGAAGAAUAUGCACGCUAAUGUAUCGGAUAAACAAAAUGAAGGAAAAAUUGUGAAUAAAGAUAUAAUGGAAAUUUCCUGUGCAGAUAUGACAAUUACACAAUGGGCAUUCAUUGGAUUAUUGGUGCUUUAUCCAGAAAAAGUAGGUUUUUCAACAAAAAGAGAAGAUAUUGAAUUGGUCAUACAUUUUUGGGCAGUAAUUGGUUAUAUGUUGGGCAUUGAAGAUGAAUAUAAUCUUUGUAUUGGUAAUCUAGAUACUGUUCGACAACGAUGUCAGAUAAUAAUGGAAAAUGAUCAACGACCAUAUGUAAAAAAUUUUGAUAAAGAUUCGGCUAAAAUGGUGGAAAAAAUUCUCAUAUCAUUAAAUCAAUUUGUGAUUGGAGCAAAAUUUAAACCAUUUAUUAAAUAUAUUUUCGACAUGAUGAAUAUUGAAAAAUCAUUGCCCAUCACAAUGAAUCGAAUGGAUAUGUUUAUCUAUCGUGUAUUGAUGUAUAUAUUACAAAAUCUAUAUUUUAAUUAUGUAAUUAUUCGAUUUUUAAUUAAUCAAUACUAUGAAUUGGUUUGGUUUGUGUUGAAAUCCAAAACUGUCCAACAAUAUAUUGCAAAUCGUUUAAGAAAAAUGGAUCAAUCUAUGAAUUGAUUGGCUUUUAAGAAUUUCGCAUAAUUCUUUUGCAUAAACUUUUUAAAUUCAUUUUUUUAAAUUUAUGA